CGGCCAUUUCGGCACAAACGGUCAUCAAUCGCCUAGCCGCAAUCUUAGAAGCUUCGACAACUCCCACCUUCCUUGCAACCGACGACCAACGACACGCAGCGCAGAGUGCACCGCACAACGGAACGCACGCCUUGUACAAAGAGUCUCAGCGUAGUGCAUCUCCCCUUCUUCGGCAGUCACCACUCGAUUAGACAGACACCUCUCACUCAAUAUCGUCUUGGGACUUUUGACUUUUCGACCUAGACGACUUUUGCCCUCUCUUGGUCCAUACCACACCCUUUCGUCGCCACUCUCCAUCACACCCACAAUCCUACCCAGCCUAUGUGGCUGAGGUCUCCUUCUAUCAACCAUGCUCAAUAAAGCCGCCACCCACUUUCGGCCGCUGCUGCGAGUCUCGUCGCAUACCCACCAGCCCGACCUCUUCACCUCCAACCCCUCCCUCCUCCACCACUUCCAGAGCGCCAAUGUCGGCACGUCGCUCGUCUCGCAGGCCUCCAAUGCCACUCAGGGCGCUUCAUCAGGCGCAGCAGGUGGUGCCGGCCGCGCGGGAUACUCUGGCGCCUCGUCUGGCGGCGGCUACACUGGCCACGCUCGCGCGUUCUUGAGCCUGCCUCAGGGCCCCAACGCCGACGCUUCCAGCAUCUCGUCGUCAGCCGACGAGCACAAGGACGCCCGUGACCGCGCCCAGCUUGCCCUCAAGCAGCGCAUCUCGGCCCGCAACAGCGACCGCAAGACCGAGGUCCGCACCGUCACUGUCCGCGAGCAGCUCUCGGCCCGCGCCGGCUCGCGCACCGUCGUCCUCCGCGAAAUCGAGCCGGCCGCCCCCGAGUCGUCGGCCAAGGCCCAGAGCUCCAUCGCGUACCCUGCCUGGUCGGCUCUCCCUGCCGACGCCGCGCCCGGCGGUGCCCUCUGGGUCCCUGGCGCCGCGCCGUCCCGCCAGCUCGGCUCGCGCGCAUUCUCCACCCGCGCCCGCCCAGCAGUGACCGGCAGCGAUGAGAUCGUCAGCCGCACCCCCACCCCAGAUGCCAACCGCAUCGACCAGCCCAACCGCGUGUUGAUGGACCUGGCCGGUCUCGACCUGUCGCGCCCAAGCAACCGCACCCAGCUUCGCCGCAACUCGACACACUCGGUCGUUCGCCCGGCCGAGGUUGACGCCGCUGUCUUUGACGGCCGUGCUGCCGACGCUGUUCCUUCUGCUGGCGAGCAGUUCUUCGCCGCCCUGAGGGAGGCCUCCGAGAAGGGCGAGCACGAGACUGUUGCCCGUCUCGUCGGAUACUUCCGCAGCGACCGCAGCGCCGGCGACGUCGACCCGGCCCUCGCUUCCGAGUACCCCAUCCCUGUGGGCUACAACACUGCCAACUACAACAUGUGUAUCCAGGCGACUUUGGCGCUGCGCGGUCGUGGCCAGUCGAUCGCUCCCAUCCUCGACAUGUACAACGAGAUGCUGGAACGCGACGUCGUCCCCAACAUGAGGACUUACCAGACUGUCAUCCGCGCUCUCUGUCUCCGUGAGGAGGACGUUGCGGCUGCUUCCCAGCGCUGGCGCAACGGCAACGACUUCACAGUCUUCAAGGCUGAGAAGCUUGGCCUUGCCUCGGAAGACCCAGCCGGUGAGAAGGCGGCUGCCCAGGCAAUCGCUGCCUACCAGAGCGAGGACAACCUCGCGUCUGCCAUCAAGCUCUACAACGUUGCGGGCACCAUCUUCAGGGGUGGCCGCAGGGACUACUCUGCCCAGGGUGACAUUCUGGCCGCCGGUGCUGCUGCCGCUGGUCUCCUUAAUGCGCCGACAGCGGCCGACCUCAAGCCUAUUAUCAAGGCCGCCCUCGCCAACCCCGACCUCGAGCUCGACCUCUACGUGCCCAUCUUUGAAAUCUUGGCCGGUGGCAACAUCGAGGGUGUGGAGGUCGCCGCUGCUUGGGAUGCGUUCGAGAAGAAUGUUGCUCGCAGGCUUGCGACCAAGUCCCCGGUCUCCAACGGUCAGUAUGGCCGUCUCGCCAUCUUCCGGGUUGAGCGUGACGCCGCGUCUGCCGCGGUUCGCGCCUUUGUAACCACUGGUGACGUCAAGACGGCCGAAGCUAUUGUCGACGCACACCUCAAGGACUCUGAGCGCGGCCCCCGUCAGUCGCGCAACUUGGUCGGCGCCCUGGUGGGAGAGCUUGCCAGGCAGGGCAAGGUCGACUCGGCCCUCAAGUGGAACGCUACUCUCAAGGACGACAUCAUCUCCCCUACCGACAUGUACGACCUUGUCGAAGCACUCGCCGAGGCGGGCCGUGUUGCUGAGGCCGCUUCCUUCUUCGCCACGUACAACGCCAAGCUCAUCACGGAGCAGCCUGGUCACAAGAUUCGCCGCUACCGCCUCCUCAAGAUUUACGGCAUCGCCCUUGCCGAGGCCACUGCCGCCAAGACCGACGCUGACAGGAACUCGAUCCUCAACGCUACCGCUGAGCUCCUGACCCAGUCCGCUAGCGUUCUUGACCCUCAGCUCCUCCGUGCCCAUGUUCAGCUGCUCCUGGCUGCCCGCCGCUUCUCUGAUAUCGGUCCUCUCCUCAACCGCUUCUCCGCGCGCCAGUCUGAUGAGCGUGAUGCCAGCCUUCGCGAAGGCCUUGUCGGCGUUGUUACCUCCGACGCUCCUAUCGGCAACGUUCUUGACGCAAUCCGUGGCUUUGCUCGUCUCGGCGAGCCCAUUGCAUCGGCUGGUGACUCGGUCCCCAUCGCUACGCUCAUUGUCGACAAGUACAUUGCUGGCCGUUCCAAGGUUGACGCCGUUACCGAUCUCCACCUGGCGCCUGACGCAUGGUUCCGCCUUCUCGAGUCAUUUGUCGCCCUGCCUACGGCCGACGUUGAGGCUGGUGCCGCCGACAAGGCACUCGAGACCUUCCUUACCGACCUUGCCUCGUUCCGUGACACUCGCUACCCCCUGCCCCGCGGCUUUGCCACUUCGCCUGUUACGGCCGAGUUGGCCGACAUCCUCGUUUCUCGCUUUGGUAUUGAGCGCUCCACUGCUCUUCUCACGGCCGCCUUUGGUGACAAGGCUGCUGCGGCCUUCCUCCCCACUCCCGAGGCAACGGACGCGGCUUCCGAGUCGACCUUCACUCUCCCUCCUACCCCCCAGUCGUCCGAGGCGCCACCUUCUGUCCUCCAGCCGCCCUCGGCCCACACGCUUCACAUCUCACAGGAGCUCGUCGGUCAGAUUGACAAGCUGGCCAGCUUCCAGCCCGUCAAGAUUACUCCCGAGUCUGUCUACGAGACCAUCCGCCGAGCCCUCACGCAGGACAACGCCGUUCCCACCCCUGAAGCUAUUGGUCGCCUUAUCUCUGCUCUCGCCCGUGCAGGCGACGAACCCAAGGCCCGUGAACUCUACUCGCUCGCCCAGGUGGUCCUCGCCUCGUGCAUCUCGGAGCCUGUCCAGCAGGCCGAGGGCUGGCACGCGAUUGAGGACGCCAUGAUUGCUGCUUGCUGCUUCCUUGGCCACCUUGAGCAGGCUGGCAUGCACCGUGCCCGCAUCAUCGACGCCGGCAUGGUUCCCAGCGCCGAUGCUUACGCCACCAUGAUUGCUUCGUCCCGUGACUCGACCGAUGAUGCCCUUGUUGCUCGCGAGCUCUUUGAGGAGUCGCAGUCGCUCGGCGUUGUCCCCAACCUCUACCUCUACAACACGAUCAUCUCCAAGCUGUCCAAGGCCCGCAAGGCCGAGAUGGCACUCGAGCUCUUUACUCAGAUGAAGGCCGCCCACAUUCGCCCCAGCAGUGUGACAUACGGUGCCAUCAUCAACGCCUGCUGCCGUGUCGGAGACGCCGAGAGCGCCGCCACUCUGUUCGAGGAAAUGUCCAACCAGCCCAACUUCAAGCCCCGUGUCCCGCCCUUCAACACCAUGAUGCAGUUCCACCUGCAGACUCGCCCGUCCCGCGAGCGUGUUCUGUACUACCACAACGCCAUGCGCUCUGCCGGUGUCCGCCCCUCGGCCCACACCUACAAGCUCCUUCUUGACGCCUACGGAACUCUUGCCCCCAUCGACCUUCCCUCCAUGGACCGCGUGUUCGGCGAGCUCUGCGCCGACCGCUUCGUUGCUGUCCAGGGCACGCACUGGGCUUCGCUCAUCACCGCCUUUGGUAUUCACAACUCGGACGUUGACCGCGCUACUGCCAUCUUUGACGCCAUUCCCAACCACCCGUCUACCCGUCGCGGCACCCUCCCCGAGCCUGUCGUCUGGGAGGCCCUGCUCAACGUUCUUGGUCAGAAGGGCUCGCUCGAGGCUCUCGAGGAGGUCCGCACGCGCAUGAUCGAGUCGGGCGUGCGCCCCACGGCCUAUGUCCACAACGUCCUCAUCAACGGCUACUCUCGUCACAGUGCCAUUGACAAGGCCCGCGAGGUCUUCGAGGCUAUGGGCGACUCGUUGACUGGCGUCGCUGCGCCCAACAACCACCCCGCGCUCCUCACUUCCUCUGGACACGUCAAGCCCGCUACCGUUACUUCCGAGCCCAGCGGCACUGUGUACCGUGAGCCCUCGACCUACGAGGCCAUGAUCCGUGCCGAGCUCGCCGCCGGCAACCGCGAGGCUGCCGAGGCCAUCCUGUCGCGCAUGGAGGCUCGCCGCUACCCCGUCGCUGUCUGGAUGAAGGCCCGCGCCAUUCUUGACGAGGCGGUUUAAAACACCCCUCGAUCUCGCCCUUGUGACAUUAGCCUUGUACACUAGCGCUGCGGGCCAGCGGCAACAACAACCAGCGCAAUCACCGGACAUUACCGCCGGCGAGCGCGACAAAACGCAACCACAUCCACAACCAACAGUAUAGUUUACAACCACUCUGGUCUGAUUUCCGGACUCUGGGUAUAACAGCAUCGCACACACACCACUCAAUGAGACAUAAUGUAUUUCUAUCGCAAUGGUCUACAAGA